AUCAUCACAAUCAAGAUGCGCUUCCUUCUGCUAUCUCUCCUGAGUGUGCUAUCGGUUGUCACAAACGCUCUUCCAGCUCAUCAAGUCCCUCUGCUUCGCCAUGCUGCAGACAACCGCACAGUCUCNCCCGAGCUAUUCUCGGAUCUCGAGGAGCUCGCGCGUAUCGUCGACAUAUCAUAUUGUGUAGGUCUCACUGGUAUAGGCAUAUCAAAGCCCUUCAAAUGUCUCAGUCGGUGCUCCGAGUUCCCAGAUUUCGAACUUGUCAAGCUCAUGUCCGACUCUUGCGGCUACAUCGCUCUAUCUCACUCACAGGCGACUCCUCGCAUCAUCGUCGCGUUCCGUGGCACCUACUCAAUCGCAAACACUGUUGUCGAUCUCUCCACCGUACCUCAAGAAUACAUUCCCUAUCCCGGUGACCCGGACUCGGGGGCUUCAGAAACCGGUCAUGAGAAACCAGAAAUCCCACGCUGCAAUAACUGUACGGUGCACACGGGUUUCUACAGCUCUUGGAAAGUGGCUUCCUCUGCCAUCUUGCCUGACUUGGAGGCUGCCAUCGCAGCUUACCCAAACUAUGCCUUGACUCUUGUGGGCCACUCACUUGGAGGAGCUGUUGCUGCACUCGCUGGCCUAGAUUUCGUCUCGCGUGGCUGGAACCCAACCGUCACCACCUUCGGAGAACCUAGACUUGGCAACCCUGCAUUGAAUCAAUACCUCGAUCAGCGAUUCAACUUGCUCAGCUCCACACGCGAAGUCUGGACGAACACUCUCGACGAGCGUCAGUUGUGCUAUCGUCGUGUCACCCACAUAGACGAUCCGGUACCUCUGCUGCCACUUACAGAAUGGGGAUACCGUAUGCACGCCGGCGAGAUAUACAUCUCCAAGUCUGCCCUGACCCCAGAUAUCCAAGACCUUCAACAUUGUGUCGGUGACCAAGACCAUCGGUGCAUCGCCGGACAAGAUGGCAGUCUGUCAGCAGAGUCAACACUUACCAGACGCGACGACCUCAGAGCUCAGGUUCAACGCUCAGUCGAUGAUCUUGCCGAGGAGCGCGAGUUGGGGAAGCGAGGUACUGGUUCUUGGGUCGUGCCUUCUCGCUACAAGUUGUGGCAGCUGUUCUUCUCUCAUCGCGACUACUUCUGGCGUCUCGGAUUGUGCGUGCCUGGUGGGGACCCAUGGGACUGGAACAGAAGUCCAUAUGCACCGCUUGAUGGAAACGAGCAAGAGUUUGCCUGA